CUAGGUAAUCGAUCGCUAUCUAGAAUUAUAUCGGCUGAUACUUGAAAAUAAAGCUCAAAAGUCCUAUUACUCGGCCGACAUCGAUAAACUAAUAGCUUGAUAAUGACUCUCGAAGACAGAAUGUCGAGCGCACCGCAAAAAUGGGUGAAUCCUUGUGGGCUCGCUGCCGAGACGGUGACCUAUGACGGCGAUUCUUCGACGGACGUUGUUCAGUUGCAGGAUGAUCAGCUCUUGCAACAAGUAGUGGUUCAAGCGAAGACGGCGUUGUCGCACGCUAAACUGUUUCGCGACAAUUACGUCAGACGGACUUUCAAGAUGGAGUUCGACGACAUGCACGCGACGUGGAAGGAUAGCCAUUACGAUUGGCUACCUGGGCUGAAUGAGAUACCUAAACAUUUGGGGGAGAAGCUGGAUCAAAAGUAUCUUGAUACAUUAGAGCUCGACAAGGCUCUCCUCGAUGCAUAUGAAUAUAUGCAGAAGUACGCGGUGGGCUUGGAACAGAUAGUUUGGGACCAGGAGGAGCAUCAUCUCGAGUUUCACAAGCAGUUCCAGGAUACCGAGUACGAGCUUCGAACGGUUCUUUGCGAGCUGCAGGUCGCUUUAGUGGAGCGCGGAGUAAUGUCGCGGCAGGACGUCACCCGAGAUGCCAUGUCGUCCGAGUACCGAGCGAUGUCGUCUUCCUCAACGUUUCGCAAUCUGCGGGACUGGCUAAUCUUUCGUGACUACAUGAACGGCCUCGAGUACGUGGAGCAAAUAUUCGAGUAUCUACGUAAACACUUGCCGAUGCAAUCUUAAGGAUGGCAAGACGGAAGCCGGAAAAGGGUUACAAUCAGGCGACGAUUCGUCAUUCCACAUCUCACGAAAUUGGCGCAACCGUAUCUGGAUGCUCUACUCUCCUAGAUGAUGAGGGUGAUAGAGAUCUCUUUUCCUCGCUGAUACAAUUGAUCGUAUUAUCGCGAGGGAAUUACUUUAACGAUAUGGUUUCCGCAACAAGGAUUGGGCUAUCCGUCGGUAUCGAUGACGAGGAUCGAUCCACGUUGUCGAACCGGCGGAUAUAUCGCGACAAAUCGCGGUGUCGUGUCCAUAUCAAGGUUCUGUGAUGGCUCCUAAGCCAUCAUCGAACUUCGUCCAUCAUUCACCUUCGACACUUCCUGAUAGAACUUCGAUGUGAUAGGACAGUAUGACGGACAGAAGAAAGACAAGGAUAAAGAGUCGUGUGGUUACCGGCCCGUUGGCUUUCGUCGUUGUAGUUCGCGAUCACACGUAAUCUCAAGCACACUCAUCUAUCACAUAUACCAUGGCUUCACGCGAAGAUGCACCAUAUAUUUGAUUUCACAAACAAGAAAGAAUGUAAGAAUGAGAUCCGACUCAACCGUCCAAUGUUCAACGCAAAUAAUUGUCGAAACAAUAACGUUCUAAAAACUUUAUGUUUUUAUCCUCGAUACACUUUAUUUUCGACAUUUUAUUAGCGCCUUACGUUGAACACGACCACGGUUUAAUCUACCAGUGACGACUUGAGACUCUUGAUAUACUUUUUCAUACAAAUAAGUUGAUGACAAUCAUCUACUACUAUACACACAAGGUAUAUACAGGAUUAGAGCAAUCGAUGAAAGAGCUCUAGAAAAUCUCAAGCCGCUUAGUGUAAUUGUCUACAAAUGUUUUUACUUUCUGAAGUCGUGGAAUUUUGGACAUGUGGACAUUUAUUACGUAAGGUUACGCAUUUUUAUUUGUGCUGCAUGCGUAAAGCAGUUAUGAACUGAGAAAGAAAUAGUUAGUAGGAAAGAAUCCAAUCAUAGUUUCAUGCAUUUAUAAUCAAAUGCAAUGUUUUGGAUCUCGUCGUAAUUUGUAUCUCUCGUCAACAAGAGAAAAUCGUGCGUACGUAUUACGUUGUACACGCGACAAAAAUCUCACGACGGCACAUUGAAAAGGUAUCUUCGUGAGCGAUUCAUGCUCCAUAAUCUUAUAUAAUAAUUUAUUGACUAAUUAUAAUAUUAGCAUAUUUUCAUAUUUAUUCAGAUUAUUUAUUUUAUUUUUAUAAAGAUUUUUACACUCCGAUUACUUGUACAGGUUGGCAUGAAAGUCAGGAAGGGACUUGAACACUCAUACCUUUUUCAUUUUACUAAUUUUUCUGAUCUUCUCUUUUUACAGAUUUAAAGAGAUUAAUCCGUGGAAAAUUAAUCAUGAAAAACAAUUAGCCGGAAUUGAUAAAGUUAGAAAUUACGAUCUUUUUGAAAGAAACAAUUUUCUAUACAUGGUUUAAUUAUAUUUUUUUGAGUUUCAUUUAUUUUAAUUAUUGCUUUAACAAAUUAAAAUAAACUUAGAAGCAAUAGAAAUUCAAUUUACGAGAUGAAAUUCUAUAGUCUUGGUUCGAUGCUCAAUUGUGUUUAUUCGUCAUUAUUUUGCAAGGAUAUAAAUCUGUAAAAUUAAAGUCCGAAAAAAUAUGAAUGUUUUAAAUCUUUCCGUGAUUUUUGCGCCAUUCUGUAUUUAAAGAAUCUAGUUGAGCUUAAAAGUGCCUAUGAAAGAGAGGUGGAUAUAUCACAAUUGAUAACUCCGAUUACACGUGCGAUUAUUUUUUGCUCGUAUACAUGGAGUUUAUCACGAUAUCAACUCUCAUAGUGCAAAAAGAGAAAGAUGCAACGAACGCGACAAACGUUAAUUCAUGUCGCGUGUCGCGUUGCUGCUGCUUCUCUUCUCGUACCUUGACGUACCUUCGCAGGAUAUGAGUACUCUAAUCAGAAACUUGACGAGGCUCGUUAAUUUUGAUAUUUAACUCGCAAACGGGAUCCUUUUAACUUUAUAUUUUACUUGAUACUAUUCUUUUUAAAAAAUA